GCUCAAUUUCUGAGGAAAAUGGCUGACCCCCAGUCCAUCCAGGAAUCUCAGAACCUUUCCAUGUUCUUGGCAAAUCACAACAGAAUAACCCAGUGCUUGCACCAGCAGCUGGAGGUCAUCCCUGGUUAUGAGGAACUCCUGGCUGACAUCGUCAAUAUCUGCGUCGAUUACUACGAGAAUAGAAUGUACCUGACGCCCAGUGAGAAACACAUGCUGCUGAAGGUGAUGGGCUUCGGCCUGUAUCUGAUGGAUGGAAAUGUGAGCAAUAUCUACAAGCUGGACACCAAGAAACGGAUAAACCUUAGUAAGAUCGACAAGUUUUUCCGG